AUGGCAUCGAAGUUGACAGAAAUCUCCACGCCAACAGCGCCUAGCCCCUUCCCUCAAUUUUCUCAAGCGAUCAAAUGCAACGGCUUCUUGUUUUGCUCUGGGAAUACAGGACUCAAUCCCGGGCCGGGUCUUAGCCUCGUGGAAGGCACGGUCAAAGAUCGCGCAAACAUCGAGGCCACUCUUGUGGCAGGAGGAAGCAAUCUCCACAAUGUUGUUAAGGUGAAUAUCUACCUUACGGAUAUGCAGAACUUUGGCCUGGUUAAUGAGGCUUACGAUGAAUUCUUCACAUGGACUCCUAAACUUGCUCGUACAUGUGUUGCGAUUCAUCAAUUGCCCCUUGGCACAGACGUGGAAAUGGACUGCACGGCGUUUGUAGACGAAUCUUAG